AUGGCAAGUUCUAGAAUUGGAAACGCCAGUCCUUCAGAAUUCCGCCUUGUUUUAACGAAACUUACUGAAGUUCAAAAGAAAUUGGACACAACAGAUCAAUCGUCAGUCAUAGCGCAGCUGAGACAAGUGAACGAUUCACUUCAAAUCGUUGAGGGAAACCAGACCGAUAUUUCUGAUGCCAUCCUUAACAAGCUGCAGAGUAUCGAGACGCGGAUCGAGACCGGUUUCAAAGCCUUGGAGGAGAAGAUUGCAGCUUUAGAAAGAAAAGUUGUGGACGGUCCUGCAAUCUCAGAGGGAAGCGCUUUCGGAAUGCUAACGCCACCAAGUUCUUCAAAGAAAAGAAAAAUCGCCCGCCAUCCAGAUCUCUCGGUG